AUGGCGGCGAGGGCUUCAGCAUUCGUUCUGCUCUCCGAUCGCUGUAUCUCCUUCCAAAUUCGAAGAAAUGGAUGCCAACGAGGAAGCCAUGGCUGCUCACAAGCGUUCCUUCUUGGAUUUCAUCGAUCAAGAUGUGGGCAGGGGGGUUUACAUGAAGGCUAUCAGAGACAUGAUCCAGAACAAGAAGCAUCGCCUCAUCAUCGCCAUGGACGAUCUUCGCAACUUCAGCCUGGAUCUUGCUCGGAGGUUGAUUCGCAACCCCAGCGAGUACAUGCAGCCCCUUUCCGAUGCGGUGACCGAGGCCACGCGUGGUGUGGAUCCUAAGUACCUGAAAGAAGGGGAACAUGUGCUCGUGGGCUUCACCGGGCCUUUUGGCUUUCACAAGGUUACACCUCGGGACCUCAUGUCCUCCUUCAUUGGAUCCAUGGUCCGUGUUGAAGGCAUUGUCACCAAAUGUUCACUUGUGAGGCCCAAGGUCGUUAAAAGUGUUCACUUCUGCCCGUCAACUAAUCAAUUUACUACUCGCGAGUAUAGGGACAUCACAUCAACUAUGGGAUUGCCCACUGGGUCUGUGUACCCAACACGGGAUGAGAAUGGGAACUUGCUGGUCACUGAGUAUGGACUAUGUGAAUACAAGGAUCAUCAAACACUAUCCAUGCAGGAAGUUCCUGAGAACUCUGCUCCUGGCCAACUUCCAAGAACUGUGGAUGUCAUUAUAGAAGAUGACUUGGUAGAUUCUUGUAAACCUGGGGACCGUGUAGCAAUUGUAGGAAUAUAUAAAGCUCUUCCUGGGAAAAGCAAGGGCAGUUUAAAUGGGGUUUUCAGAACGGUUCUUAUAGCCAACAAUGUUUCUUUAUUGAACAAGGAGGCAAAUGCACCAAUAUAUUCUCUGGAGGACUUGAAGAGAAUGAAGGAAAUAGCAAAGAGGAAUGACACAUUUGAUUUACUUGGAAAUUCACUUGCACCAUCAAUCUAUGGUCAUUUAUGGAUAAAAAAAGCAGUAAUUUUGUUGAUGCUCGGUGGUGUGGAAAAAAAUUUAAAGAAUGGAACACAUCUACGAGGUGAUAUAAACAUGAUGAUGGUGGGCGAUCCUUCAGUUGCAAAGUCACAACUCUUGAGAGCGGUCAUGAACAUUGCCCCGUUAGCUAUUUCAACUACAGGUCGGGGUUCAUCUGGUGUUGGGUUGACAGCUGCUGUCACUUCAGAUCAGGAAACUGGGGAGAGGAGGCUUGAAGCUGGCGCAAUGGUUCUUGCAGACCGAGGUGUAGUUUGCAUUGAUGAGUUUGAUAAAAUGAAUGAUCAAGAUCGUGUUGCCAUACAUGAAGUUAUGGAGCAACAGACAGUAACGAUUGCCAAGGCUGGAAUACAUGCAUCAUUAAAUGCUCGAUGCAGCGUAGUUGCGGCUGCAAAUCCCAUAUAUGGAACUUAUGACAGAUCAUUGACCCCGACGAAGAAUAUUGGAUUGCCAGAUUCAUUACUUUCUCGGUUUGACUUGCUCUUUAUAGUCCUUGAUCAAAUGGACCCUGAAAUUGACCGACAGAUUUCAGAGCAUGUUUCUCGGAUGCAUAGAUAUUGUGCAGAUGAUGGAGGAAUGGGGGCCUUCAGUAAAGGUUCAAGGUUUGCUGAGGAAGAUGAUAAUGAGAUUAAUGCACCCAUUUUUGUCAAAUAUGAUCGCGUGCUUCAUGGGCAGGAGAGGAAACGAGGAAGAAAAGGAAAAAAUGAGAGACUAACCAUCAAGUUCCUUAAGAAGUACAUCCAUUAUGCCAAAAACAGGAUCCAGCCAAAGCUGACUGAUGAGGCGUCUGAUCAUAUUGCAACUGCUUAUGCGGAACUAAGAGAUGCUAGUUCAAAUGCAAAGUCUGGAGGAGGAACACUCCCAAUCACUGCUAGAACCUUGGAGACCAUUAUUCGUCUCUCAACAGCUCAUGCCAAAAUGAAACUAAGAAAUGAGGUUUUGAAGGUCGAUGUUGAAGCUGCACUGCAAGUUCUAAAUUUUGCUAUUUACCAUAAAGAGCUGACUGAUAUGGAAGAACGAGAACAGAGGGAGAGAGAGUUAGAUUUGAAAAAUCGAGCUGAUCAGGAUGCUGGCAAUGAUGGUGGCAAUGUUGAAGGUGGUGGCAAUGCCACAGUAGAUGCGAUGGAUGUAGAUGAAGAUCAUGCUGGUGAUGAUAUUAGUCCAGAAAGAUUACAAACAUUUGAGACAAUCCUAGGUCAGCAUGUGGUCUCCAACCAUCUGGACCAAAUAUCUAUUGCAGAUAUUGAGCAUAUUGUCAACCAGAGAGCAGAUGAACACUUCACAAAGCGCCAAAUAUCGUCAAUGUUGGAGAGAAUGCAAGAAUCCAACAGAAUAAUGAUCAGAGAUGGAAUCGUUCGAAUUAUUUAACAAACCAAAAACAUCACUGAAUUCAAGAAUGUUUGGAACUCGGGUAUUUUGGUUGUACUUUUAUUUGUUUUCCAGCAUUAUAGUUAGAUCAUCUACUGUUGUUUUCUCCUUAAGUUUUCUAGGCCAAACUUGCUAAGAUGACUAUAUAUAUAUAUAUAUAUAGCAUAGAUCUUGAAAUUGCACUUGUUCAUGCUGAUGGUAUUAUAUAACAGAGGUCGCUAAAUUGAUAAUGAUUUUUGUC